CAACAAUGGCUUCCACAAUAAUCAAUCCAUUCUUCUCUUUAACCAUCUUUCUUCUUCUUCUCCAUCUCCACUCCUCCGUCGGACAAACCGGCCCCGGAAUGAAGGGCAUUUACUGGUUUUCCGGUUCUGAAUUUCCCCUCUCCGACAUUGAUUCCUCUCUGUUCACCCAUAUCUAUUGUGCCUUCGCCGAUCUCAAUCCAAACACUAACCAAGUCACCAUUUCAUCUUCGAACUCUGAAAGUUUCAAAAGCUUCACUCCAAUCCUUCGACGCAAAAACCCAAAUGUCAAAACCCUCUUAUCCAUCGGUGGCGGUGGCGCCGAGGCCAACGCCUUCGCUUCAAUGGCCAGCCAACCCAAUUCCCGCAAAUCCUUCAUCGAUUCAUCCAUUUCCUUAGCCCGAUCCUAUAAUUUAUCCGGCCUCGAUAUCGAUUGGGAAUACCCAUCGAACCAAAACCAAAUCAACUCGUUUAAAACUCUCUGUUCAGAGUGGCGUGCCGCCGUCGAGAACGAAUCCCAAUCCACCGGCAAGCCCAGACUAUUUCUCUCCGCCGCCGUUUUUCGAUCCUCUAAUUAUUAUGGUACACCAUUACCCGCUUCAGAUCUAGCCACAAAAUUGGAUUGGAUAAACGUAAUGUGCUACGAUUUCUACGGCCCCGGUUGGUCACCGAACUUCACAGCACCACCAGCGGCUCUGUAUGGGUCAAGUGGGCAAGUGAACUGCAACACGGGUAUAACGUCGUGGAUACAGUCGGGGUUUCCGGCGAAUAAAAUAGUGAUAGGAAUGCCGUUCUAUGGAUGGGCGUGGCGGUUGGUGAGCCAGAGCAAAAAUGGGUUGUAUGCACCGGCGAACGGAGCAGCGACGGGAACGGGAAUUGACGGGGGAGCUAUAACAUACAAGGGGAUCAAUGAGUUUAAAAAGAGGAACGGAGUAAAUGGAGUGUAUAAUGGGACGGUUGUUACGAACUAUGUGAGAUCAGGAAGGACGUGGAUUGGGUAUGAUGAUAAAGAGAGUGUUGCGGCGAAGGUUGGGUAUGCGAAGAAGAAAGGAUUGUUUGGUUACUUUGCUUGGCAAGUUGCGGCCGAUGAUAAUUUUACUCUCUCUAGAUUAGCUUCAACGACAUGGUCCGGAUAAAUUGGAAGAUGAGGUGGACACAAUGGAUAUGUUUAUGAAUAUCAUGUUCCAAUAGAAGUAAUUAAAUAAAUAAAUCAAGAUUGUAAUUGGAGAUUUAGAGUGGAGUUUGCAAUCCCUCGAUAUAGAUAUAAUAUAUAGUUUGGUAAUAAUAUAUUGUAUUAUUGUGUGC